AUGCUCCGCUCAGCGUUUACCUUCCUGCUCUUGCUCGUUGCUUGUCAGGUUGAUUUUUUUUAGUUUUUAAUCAGGUAUAGAAAUUGAAAGGUGCAGUUCUGUUUCAGAUAUCAUGUUAGGAAGGUGUUUUUUUAAAAUUCGACGCUUAAAAAUACAGAACCAUGCAAGGUUUCGCAAUUAAGAUGAUAUAAACAACGUUAUUCGUUCCAUUCAUCAUCACGGCGUUCCCAAACGGGGUGGGGAGACGUCAAAAAAAUUUUGGCGCGGAAUUUGAGAUCUCAAGUACGCAGCCAAAUGUAUUCUUCAUGUCGUUGAAUACUCAGUUUAAUUUGCAACGAUAGGUAGCUGUGAUGUCACAGUCCUUUUAUCCGAAGCGCGCACUUAUUUUUUUUUUGUAAAUUCGGAAACUUGGACGCCUCGCUCACUUUCCCGCACCCCAUUCGGAAUGCCGUGUCAUGACUGACAGCGCCGUGGUCGCAUGCGGAAUGACUCUAAGCGUUGCGGUUGAAGUCCACCUGAGAUUAUUCUCGAGGCAUGGCAUUUUGCGCAAACCGUUUCUGGACGGACGCGUCUAACAGUGACGUCGCAACCACUACGCGGCCUAGCCAUUCUUCGUGCGACCCUGGUUUUUUGGUUCAUAUCUGAGUCGCUGAGAUUAAUGAAAACCUUUUUGAUGCUCUCCAGUUUGUCAUAUUUUCUACCUCGCAAAUCAACCAUCAAUGCACCAAAUUAAGCCUCCAAUAAUAUUUGCGCUUGUCGAAAUUAUUUAUUUAUUUAUCUUGCAGGCAGCUGGCAUGACAAUCAAAAAGAACAAAAUGUACAAUGAUCCGCCGUUCUGCUAUAUCUAUCAACGUGUUGAGGAGGCUGGUCCGUUCUUAGCCAUUCCAAACUGCGAAUCAAACUGAAUUUUGCAGGUUCGCCGGCCACAUGCAAAGGCUUUCAAUACGACUGCACCGAUAAAACGACAAACGUCGGGGUGAGCAAAUAUCGUAAAAAAUGAAUGAAUAACGAGAUUUAUGGAUGGCCUUUUUGAGACGUUUGGCAAUGUUUCAAGCGAACUUUUGAUUUUCGAAAAAAAUUUUCAAAAAAGAAUGAGUCUUUAAAUAAAUUUUCAGGGUGAUGAGGACUUUGUCAACGGCUGCGAAUCCAACGGCGCCUUCCAGAAAAUGGUCAACCUCGAUUUCGCCACCAGAUAUGCGGUUUUCGCCAGCUCAUCUCCACCCACCCAGAAAACCGCCUCUCGACUCAGUUUCGUCUAA